UUCCUUCUCUUUCUAUUGCAAUCCGAAAUCAAGAUAUCAAAUUAAGCUACUUAUAUUAGUGUGUUCAAGUUCAACAUGGGAGGGCAUAUUUUUCUUCUCCGCGCCUUCUCAUCAAGGUCAAGGUCCACAAUUUUGAAGUCAUUAGCAGCAUGUCAUUACACAACCAACCAGAGGUAUAGCAGCCAAGGGAGCAAGGGAGAGCACCACCACGGCCACACAGGUAUAGAAGAGAGAGCACCUUCUACGGCUGAGGAGUUCAAGAGAGUGGCGGAGGAGAAGCGGAAGGCGGAGGAGAAGCUGAAGGUGGUGGAGCAAGGUGUGGCCGGCCAGACAGCGGACAAGGCAUACGAUGGGACAGAGGAAGCUAUCUUGGGUGACUCUAACGUUGAAUCUGUCAAGAACAGGUACAAGGAACAUGAACCCGGGGCUGACUACAGAAGGAGGCCACAUGACGACUAAAACAAUUUUUUUUUGGGUCUAAUUUAUGGGUAGUUUGAUAUUACUGUGUUUUUUUUUUAAAAGAAUUGUUUCUAUUGUGAUGUGAGAAUAAAUUGCUGUAAAAUACAGUUGCUGAGGG